AGCGUUUGGUAUUUUUAAUCUAACCAAAUCCAAACAACGUGUGAACAACUCACAGGUGGAUCCAUCGUGCCGACAUAGUUACGUCGUGGGCGUCUCACGUGGUAUCUCUCCAUCACGAGGACCCACUUGCUUGCGACUCCAUUAAUGGCUGGCUGCUCCCUUCCCUCAAUUCUACAUGAUCUAACAAGACAGAUCUCACGCUAAUUCACAGUCUCUCUCAUCUUCGUCUCUGUUUACUUCUUCUUCUUCCAUCUCUCAGAGCAUUUGCAGGGGAACGAUGAUGGACCUAACGAAGCUGAAGCCUCCACAGCUCACUUUCUACUGCUCUGCGUUAUCUGUCUUCAUCACGGUUCUGCUGACGUUACAGCUCGUGUCUCAGCAUCUCUCUCACUGGAAGAACCCCAAGGAGCAAAAGGCCAUACUCAUCAUUGUCCUCAUGGCUCCUAUCUACGCCGUUGUGUCCUUUGUUGGUUUGUUAGAUGUCAAAGGAAGUGAAAUCUUCUUCCUUUUCCUAGAAUCCAUCAAAGAAUGCUACGAAGCACUCGUCAUUGCGAAGUUCUUGGCGUUGAUGUAUAGUUACUUGAACAUAUCUAUCAGCAAAAACAUUGUCCCUGAUGGCAUCAAAGGCAGAGAGAUUCACCAUUCUUUCCCCAUGACUUUCUUCCAGCCUCAUGUAGUGCGUCUGGAUCAUCGAACUCUGAGACUUUUGAAAUACUGGACAUGGCAGUUUGUAGUCAUCAGACCAGUUUGCUCCAUCUUGAUGAUAGCUUUACAGAUCAUCGGGUUUUAUCCUUCUUGGUUGAGCUGGACAUUCACUAUCGUUCUCAACCUCUCGGUCUCUCUGGCGCUGUAUUCGCUUGUGGUUUUCUACCAUGUGUUUGCUAAGGAGCUUGCUCCUCAUAAUCCACUCGCAAAGUUCCUCUGCAUCAAAGGGAUUGUUUUCUUUUGCUUCUGGCAGGGAAUAGCACUAGACAUUCUGGUGGCGAUGGGAGUGAUCAAGUCUCACCAUUUCUGGCUUGAGGUAGAGCAAAUCCAGGAAGCUAUUCAGAAUGUGUUGGUAUGUUUAGAGAUGGUUAUCUUUGCCGCGGUUCAGAAGCAUGCUUAUCAUGUUGGUCCUUAUAGCGGGGAGACCAAGAAGAAGCUCGAUAAAAAGACUGAAUGAUCUUGUCCCCGGUUAGAACGGGAAGUGUACGGUUUUUUGUUUAGGUGUCUUGGGGACUUGAAACUCUUGCUUGUCAUGAUUGGGAAUAAGAGACAAAGGGAUAAUGUUUUGAGAACAAUGUUAAUUAAACUACUACACUAUUCUCAAGUUAUGGUU